AUGGUUUUCUUGUUAUGUCUUGAACGAUUUUUUUCGUCAAUAUUUCGCUUGGAAUGCAUUUUUUCAAUUAUUCCAUACAAUUACUGGUCUCUAAUUUUCCUUCAUAUUACUUAUCUGUCCAAUCUAGUUUUCUUUUCCUUUUUUUCUCUUCCUCUUUGUUUAUUUUUUCUCUCUUGCUUUAUUUCUAUUGCUUUCUUUUCUCUCUUCACUUUUCGACUUUUCUCUCCUUUGCUCUCUUUCCUGUUAUUUCCGUUUCCUUUUCUUCACUCUUUCUCUUCUCUUUUAUUCUCUCACCAUUUUCCUUUCUCCCUUUCACUUUUCUUUUUCUCGUUCUAUUUCUCUUCUUUCUCUCUCUCUUCCAUUUCCUUCUCUCUUUUUCUUCCCUUUUCUUUUUUCUUCAUUAUUUUCCCUUUUCUUCUCUCCUUUUAUUUCCUUGUCUUAUUCUCUUCCCUUUUCGUCUUCCUUUUUUAUUCUUCUCAAUUUCUCUCCCAUUUUUUUCUUUUCUUUUUCGUUCCCCUCUUCUUCUGUCUUUUGCCUUUUCUUCUCUUUCUUUUCCCUUUUCUCUCACGUGCUUUCCAUUUCUUCUUUCUUUUUCUUUCUUUCUUUCUCCUUCUGACUUUCUUUCCGAACUUUUCUCUCUUUAUUUGUCUUUUUCUCUUCCCCUCUUUCUCACUCGCAUUUCCAUUUCUUGUUUCUUUCUUUCUCCUUCUGUCUUUCUUUCCCCCACUUUUCUCUCUUUAUUUUUCCUUUUCUUCUUUCUCUCUUCCCGUUUCUUUCUCUUCCCUCUUUCUUUUUCCUUCUCUCUCUUUUCUCUUUCUUUUCCCUUCCCUCUUACUGUUCCCUUUUCAUUUCGCUUUUCUUUUCUCUUUCCCCGUUUAUUCACACUCUCCUUUUUGUCAUUUUUGUCUUUUAUUGGAUUCUUCCCGACUCUAA